AUGGCGAGCGUCUACCCAUUAAGUGUCCUAUUGCUUGGAGUGACUUUUACUGUCCUUACGUCAAUAACUUCUUCUAGAGAGUCCCCAAAGUUAGUGAUUCUGGUGGCUGAUUUGGGUCGAGAUCCUCAACCGGCGUCUUUACAUAUGAUAAAUUUACAUCACCUGAACUUGUCAACGAUUGAAAAACCAUUUCUCAUCAGUCCGAUGGCCAUUGAGUUCGAUGAAGUGGGUGAACACAUCUAUUGGACGGAUAUUACCAUGAAACAAGUGAGACGGGCUGAUGUCGAUGGCGGAAAGGCUCAAGUCAUAUCACAACUACAUGCAACAUCGUCGCCUAAAGGGUUAACAGUUGACAGCGGUACCAGACAUAUGUUCUACACAGAUGAUGGUGCAGAUAGCAUAGUCAAGGUUCAAAUGAACACUUUAGUGACUGCGACAAUUAUUGAUACUGGUCUACAUAAACCACGAGGGAUUGUUGCUGAUACCAGAUACAGGCGAUUGUACUGGGUUGACAGAGGAAACGCUUCCAAGAUAGAGACCUCCGACUAUAUGGGAGAUCUGAGGAAAACACUUGUCUCGUCUGACCUUCAUUUUCCAAAUGAUAUUACACUGGAUGAAAACGCUGGCCGACUGUACUGGACGGACACUGCUGGUUACAUUGGAUCUAUUCUUGUGGAUGGCUCAGACAGGAAGACAGUACUAAGCCAGGGCGGAACUAACUUCUUCUUCAUAUCCUUUUACAACGAGCUGCUCUACUACACGGUGUUUGGAAAUGACACAAUUAACAUCAUAAGUGCAGAUGGCAUUUAUUGGGCGCCGUUGAAAGCAAGUACCAUUCAAUCUUGUGCUGGAAUUCACGUUUUUUCCCCGAGCUACAAUAAUUCAGCUCCUUGCCCGGAUGGUCAGUACGGGAACACGUGUGAUCCCUGUGGACACUGUGCCUACAUAUGUGAAAAGACAACCGGCCUGUGCUAUGGAGGAUGUUCACCUGGCUAUACGGGAGACAAGUGCACGGCAGUUUGUACCCCGGGAACCUUUGGUGAUGAGUGUGGCUCUGUGUGUUUUCACUGCAACACCGGAAGUGUGUGUGACCCAGUGACUGGGCAAUGCCCGGAUGGAUGUCAGCCGGGAUGGAGGGGAUCUCACUGCCACAUAGCUUGUGAUACGAACACACACGGAGAAUUGUGUGUGUUAUGUGGCUACUGUGCUGGAGGCGUUUCAUGUGACCAGGUGUCAGGCGUCUGUCCUGAUGGAUGCCAGUAUGGAUGGAUUGGAGACAAAUGUGACAGAGCAUGUCAACCAAAUACAUAUGGCACAUCCUGUGCUUCAUGUGGCCACUGCGCUGGAGGUGCUUUCUGUAACCGGAGCUCCGGACUGUGUCCAACAGGAUGUCAAGAUGGCUGGACAACAUUAUUGUGUAACAUUAAGUGUCCUGACAACACUUAUGGAGCAUCAUGUGCAGCAUGUGGUUUCUGUGCUGGGGGUGUCUCCUGUGACAACGUUUCAGGCAAUUGUGAGGCUGGAUGUCAUACUGGGUGGACUGGAGAAAAAUGUGACAGAUCAUGUCAACCAAAUACAUAUGGCACAUCCUGUGCUUCAUGUGGCCACUGCGCUGGAGGUGCUUUCUGUAACCGGAGCUCCGGACUGUGUCCAACAGGAUGUCAAGAUGGCUGGACAACAUUAUUGUGUAACAUUAAAACCGUCGGAGCAACUGCGGAAAACCAGACUUCCAUUGACAAUGCUGAUGGAAUUCCACCUACUGGUACGUUAAUAGGAAUCGCUUCAGCUGGAAUACUUCUCAUCGUCGGUGUUGUAGCCGUGACUGCAUGUGUUCUCACAAAGGGGAUAAAGCGCCGGGAAACGACUGAUGUCGAUACAGAUUUCAAGCACAGAAAUCACAGCCAGCAUGCAACAGUGGAAGAUAGUUAUACCAUGUACACAAAGAAUGUGUCCAGUGUUCACAUCCUGCAGCAGGACGGGAUGUAGGAGGGAUGUAGAAAGUGUGUGAGGAUGUUACAAGAACGUAAUAUAUUUAGCUGAAAUUAAAAACUGAAUACUAAUAUUUAAUUUCUAUUGACAUGAAAUGUUUUUUUUGUGUGGUUUCAUUCUUGUUACACGUGGUGCUGUUUUAUCCAGUGGUAAUUUGCUCAGAUGCUUCAGUUCCUCAAUUUCUGCUGGGCACAAGUAUGCUGAAACUUGGAAGAAAUGUACAGUAAAAUACGUUCAUAACGAACACGCUUAUAACGAACUGACGGAUAUUACGAACUUAAUUUUUCGUCCCGACCAUUUGCUGUAUAGAUGUUGUAUAUAUGCUUAUAACGAAGUACGGUUGUAACGAACUGAAACUAAUGGUCCAUUUGAGCUCGUUAUAACCGUAGAUUAUACAUGAAUAAACUGUCAUCGAAUACACUUACAGGGGCAGCGGGCUGGUGGUGUGCUCGUCACCUUCACUGUUUCGACUCCCCAACAUGGGUUAGUUUGUGAAACCCAUUUUUAAUGUCCCUCUCUGUCAUAUGUCCAGAACAUUGCUGCACUCAGGGUAAGACCAGACUAAGUGUAACGUUCUUAUGAGCUUUUCAUUAGGAAUUUAAUAAGAAGCGGAGGGUUAUAAAUAUAUGUCGUGAAUAUUAUGUCAUGAACAGGCAUCUGUGAGACAUCCAUAAGCGUGGCUCGUGGUUGAAGUUAAUGGUUUUCAUGGUCCAUACUUGAUUAUUUAAAGGCCGUCUUAUACACCUGGAAUAUUGCUUCAGGGUAAACACCUUACACUCACUCAUACAAAGCAAAUGUGUUUUGACGUGGUUCUAAACAUCCUUCAGAAAUAAGGAACUUGACAUACAUCUACUAAAAGGCAAAGUACUGUUUAAAAAUGUAUGAAUUGAUCACUAAAAACAGCUAUGACGUCGACACCAGGUGUUCACGAAAAGGGUAAUCAUAUCCCGCUCUACAAGUAGAACCCGCCACUCACACUAUUUGCAUAAACGCCGCGCAGCAGCACUCUAGUCACACAACGGCGGCCUGAAAGUUAUGGAGUCUUGGCCAAUCAUGUGAACCACAUAAUCCACCGACACUAUAGCGCGUUUACCGAAUUUGUUGAAACUAAACAUGUUAAAGCUAUUAUUCGCUAAUGUUACAAAAAGCAGACUCAGCAACAAAACCCCAUAUACAAGUAUAUUAUACAUUACAUUUAACAUGCGUAAAUGUGAAUUAUAUCAUAUGACUGAAUUAUCUGACGAUGAAUGCAGGAAACCAGUUUGUCUGCUAAAUGAACAUUAACUUAUCUAAAUGAGGAGACAAUACAGCCAUGACAAUGUAGCAUUGACUCAAAAGCUCGUACUUUAAUCACCAUUUUACGACCACUUAGCAUCUAUGAUAAAUGUUCAGUUCGUUUAUUGCCAUUUACUGUUAGUAUUGAUUUUCAGUUAUUUACUAACCACUAACACUUUGUUGUUGUGAAUGCAAUAGAAUGUGUUUUUUAAAAUACAUGGAGAGAGCAGGUGUGCAUAACCAUUACUGUACCUUCCUCACAAUUUAUUUCACGCCAUUGGCCAAGUUGUAAUAAAUGUAAUAUGUGUAACUCAUUAUUGACUUUAAAAGGCUCAUAAUGUGCAUUGUGCUUUAUUGAAUCAAGUCCCGGGAAUAAUAUUAAAGUGAUUGUUUAGUCAUUGUUACAUUAGGGUAGUGUCGUAUGGGAGUUUCUAUACUCACAUAUAUCAUACCGGACGACUAGCAGUACGAUCAAUAUUGUUAAUAAUCCACACAUGGGAACAUUGUGGAAAACGUUGGCUUGUCAUUUCAAAGCCCGAGGUUCGAUUUCAAGCAAGGGUACAAAUGCGUGGUCACCAUUCCAAACUUCCCUGCCGUGAUAUGGCUGGAAUGUAUCUAAACUACUGUAUUUAUCUGACAAUGUGAAACUGAUCUUUCACUCGAGUGAACAAAACACUUUAUGCCGGAACUGCUUCAGUCGGCCUCAAAGAUGACACUAUGGUUGGCGAGUAAGACAAUAAAACACAGUAUGAAAAUACUUAAUAAAUAGAACAUUUGUCUCAUUUCCUGAAACGACAUUCCUGCUCGUGGUCGAGUCCCUAAUGGAAAUAUCAACUCAAUCAGGUCACUUGAGAUAAACAUGUUCGUUGACAAGAAAGGCAAAUAUCCUAUAAAUUAUAUAUCAUUUGAAAACCAUUAUUUCUCCGACGAAUGUGUGCUUAGAUUAAGGACCAAGCAACUAUCCAUGAGUAGAAAAAGAUGCACGGUGAUUUAUGGUUGGUGGAAGUUGGCUUCCUUUGUUUUCGGUGGAGUGAAGGCUCCUUCGUCUGGGUUUAGAAUAGCAGCCUUUCGUUUGUUCAUGAAGUCGCAACCAGACACAUACUUCACACCACGACCAUCACCAGGUCUUUAACAGUGGUAUGAAGACAAAUACAUAAUGGACACUAAGUGACACAGCAUGUCACUAUAUAGGGAGAAGGCGUUCAGUUAAGGUCUCGGGAUCAAAGAUCUCAUUUCGCUGGUACGAUAGAAGUUUCCAGGGUUAGUUAUACGUUUUGUCAAAGUUGACUCGUCGUAUUGGAUUUACCAUCCAUUAUUCUUGGUGUUUCAGGGACUAACUUCAUUAUAACGAUGAUGACAUGAU